AUGUCCGACCCAAAGCAACAACUCAUGGACCAAGUCCGCCAACAGGCCGCCCUCGCCAACGCAAGAGCAUUAGUAGAGAAACUCAAUGAACAUUGUUUCGAACGUUGCGUACCCAAACCCGGCUCAUCACUCUCGUCAGGCGAAUCGACGUGCUACACACAUUGCAUGGAAAAGUACAUGUCGGCGUGGAACACAGUAUCGAAGCAAUAUCUCGGGCAUGUGCAGAAGGGUGUUGGGAGCGGGCAGGGGAUCGGAGGCUUGUGA